GAGGUCGGGACAUUGACUGGUCUGUCUUGUCAUGAGGAUGUUAGGAGAUCUAUUCGUUUUCGGAUGUCUUCAAGAUAUUAUGGAAUAGCUGGAGAUAUGUUUGAUAGUUGUUAGAGCAUUUCUUUGGGUUCCACAAUCUGAACAUCAACGGUUCAGGAACAUGUUGCCACCAGUGAAGAAGGAUCGGGUCAUUCACCGUCUCCCUAAGUGUUUUAGCCAUGCAGCGGCUCUUCACACCAAGGAAGAUUUCCAUCCAGCAGUCAAGACCUUCUGCCAAACAAACAAAAGCAGUGCAGUGCGCUUCAACAUCGCCAAGGUGAUUGUAGUGGGAGAUGUAUCUGUUGGAAAGACUUGUUUCAUCAGCAGGUUCUGCAAGGAGGCCUUCGAGAAGAACUACAAAGCCACGAUCGGGGUGGACUUUGAGAUGGAGCGCUUUGAGGUGCUCGGGGUCCCCUUCAGCCUGCAGAUAUGGGACACAGCCGGGCAGGAGAGGUUCAAAUGCAUCGCCUCCACCUAUUACAGAGGUGCACAAGCCAUCAUCGUGGUGUUUGACUUGAGCAGCGUUGAAUCGUUAGCCCAUGCCAGACAGUGGCUGGAAGACGCCAUGAAGGAGAACGAUCCGUCCAGCGUGCUGCUGUUCCUCGUGGGCACCAAGAAGGACAUGAGCUCCGCCGGACAGCAGGAGGACAUGGAGCGGGAGGCCGUGAGGCUGUCUGAGGAGCUCAAAGCAGAGUACUGGGCCGUGUCCGCCAAGUCAGGGGACGGCGUCAAGAACUUCUUCUUCCGCAUGGCCUCGCUGACCUUCGAGGCGAACGUUCUGGCGGAGCUGGAGAGAAGCGGCGCCCGACAGAGCAGUGACAUCAUCAAACUGACUGAGAGCACAGAGGACAGACACAAACGGCCCAAGAGCAGAUGCUGCUGAUGACCCCAGCAGGACCACGGAUUGGACGGCAUCGUGAGGAACUACAUGCCUGACUGAUGAGCAUCAGGAAGCUUGAUAGACCCGACCAGCACUUCAUUGGGAUGCUAGUUUGUGUGUGAGGACGUUGUGUAUGUCCAACCAGUAACAGGUCCGAUAUUUGUGUGUGUCCAACCCGUAACAGGUCAGAUAUUUGUGAGUGUCCAGCCCGUAACAGGUCAGAUAGUUGUGUAUGUCCAACCCGUAACAGGUCAGAUAGUUGUGUAUGUCCAGCUUCACAUGGGAAAACCGAUAUCCAUGUGGACAGAUUAAAAACAAGGACAAUAGCAUUCAGUGUGUUGGUGGCACAUUCCCAUCCAUCCAACCGUCGUUCAGAAAUGGGACGAGUCCACCCAUUGGCCUUUCUGUUGUCCUCCGCUGCUCCUUCUCCUCUGUGUCCUGUCAUGUGAGUGCUGCUAAUCGGACGCACACACAGACUCCCGUGACCUGUCACACAUUCCACCUCCCAGCACUCCGCGCAAAUGACACCACAGAUGGAGGGACUGUCCGGGGCAGGGCUAACAGGGGACCACACAGUGGUCUUAUUGGCCUUCUGCUGUCUGCACCUCAGGCUCAUCGGGGAGCUUGAUUGUUUGAAACGCCAGCCUCAUACAUUUCAAUGCUAAUUUUCUAAUCUUUGCACCUGGUUGUGUUCUAUGUCACCACGGUUUUCAAAUGUGGAGAAAUAAAAGAUGGAUACUUAUUC